CUUCAUACAAUGUAGGCCUACUUAGUCGAGCCUAAAACUUGACUGUCUCACUGUCUGCACCUCCUUUUAUGUGUCUACUGUAUAAUCACAUGUUAUAUAUUUUCCACAGAACGUUUGUAGCUAACUAAAGAUACUAAGCACACUUUGAUGGCUGAGCUGAGGUCAACUAUCAUUUCUGCUUUGCCUCAAAGUGAAGCUGAUUUUCCUCUGGAAUUUAGUGACAAAGUGGAGUCCAGUGUUGUGGACUUGCUGAAGAGAUCCAGACAGCAACUAUACAGUGGAACUAAAGGCUCUCUCAGUGGACAAAAUGCUCAGAUCAUUCUGGACUUUACAUGGGAAAAGCUGAACACAGGAACCUGGCGUGAUGUAGCUAAAGAGUGGAGGCAUGUGUAUUCAUAUGGAUGUUUGUUUAAAGUCGCAUCCCUGUGCCUUGAGGAUCCAUGUCAUACCAUUAUACAGGAGGCCAUUAGGACCUGCGAUAUGGGCCUACUAAUGGGAUCAGCUAUUCUGGACAAUAUUUUACAACGCUUUGUAAACAUUUUACAAAAUGAAGCAAGGAAGAGACACUUCAUAGAGGAAGAUCUAAGUAAACAGGUUAUUACCAAGAAAAUGAAGUCCGAAUGCCUCUCCAUGCCAUUGGUCAAACCGACAAUGGCCGUUCCAAGGAGACACUGUCCAUCUUUAGAGAGUUUCAAUACAAAUUACCUGCUUCCCCAAACACCUGUUAUACUAGAAGGGACUAUAGAUCACUGGCCAGCCUUCAAAGAUCAACCUUGGAGUAUAGAGUACCUGCAAACAGUUGCCGGUUGUCGAACUGUACCUGUUGAAGUGGGCUCAAGAUAUACUGACGAGGAGUGGUCACAGAAACUUCUUACAGUCAAUCAAUUUAUUGAUCAAUAUAUUCUUGUAAAAGAUGAUGGUAAAGGAUUGGGAUAUCUUGCUCAGCAUCAGUUAUUUGAGCAGGUCCCGGAGUUAAAAAAAGACAUCCGUAUACCUGACUACUGUUCCCUUGGUGAGGGAGAUGAAGAUGACAUCACCAUAAAUGCCUGGUUUGGGCCAGGGGGCACAGUGUCCCCCCUACACCAAGAUCCACAACAGAAUUUUUUGGCUCAGGUGGUUGGAAGAAAGUACAUACGUCUCUACUCACCAGAGCACACAGAUAAGCUCUAUCCUCACGUGUCACCGCUCCUGCACAACACCAGUCAGGCAAACAUUGAGAAUCCAGACAUGAGGCAGUUUCCAGAGUUUUCCAAAACUCCCUAUCUAGAGUGUAUUCUGCAGCCUGGAGAUGUCCUGUUCAUACCGGUCAAGUACUGGCACUAUGUGCGAUCUCUGGAGCUUAGCUUCUCUGUGAGCUUCUGGUGGUCAUGAACCAAAGCAUGACAAUACAUUAACUUGAAAAUCAACAAAAGGUGUUUAUUGCUGCAUUGUGAAGUAUUUGAUUUGAUUUCAGAGGACUGUACAAUGUGUUGUACACCGUACAAUAUGUGUACAACUAAUUGUACACAUAAAAUGUCAAUAA